AUUUUGUGUUUGAAGUAAAUAUUUAACUGGCAUAACAAUAAUCCUUCAUAAUGAUAAAAAGCGUAAUAAAAAUUUCAAAGCGUAAUUUAGUACGUUCGUUUCAGUCGAAAACCGUAACAUAUAGAUAUGCGUCACAAAACAUUAAAAAUGAAGGCGAAGCGGAAACACAUUUUGGAUUUGGAACUGUAAAGGAGGCUGAAAAGUGGCGGAAGGUGCACAAAGUUUUUGAAGAUGUGGCCUCUUCAUACGAUCUUAUGAAUGAUGCUAUGUCACUUGGGAUUCAUAGAUUUUGGAAAGAUGUAUUCGUGGAGCGACUCGCUCCGAUCGCUGGUGGAAAUAAACUAUUGGACAUGGCAGGAGGAACUGGUGACAUUGCUUUUCGGUUUUUGAAGUACCUGAAUAACAUGCCAAAGGAUGUGGAACAAGAGAGCAAUCAUGUAACCGUUUCGGAUAUUAAUCAAAACAUGUUGGACGUCGGGAUACAGAGAUUCAGCAAGCUCAACUGCGAUCAGAGCAAUUGUACUAUAAAUUGGGUUCGCGCUGAUGCAGAGAACCUACCGUUUGAUGACAAUUCAUAUACAGCAUAUACUAUUGCGUUUGGUAUAAGGAAUGUAACGCAUAUAGACAAGGUGCUAUCGGAAGCAUACCGUGUAUUACAGCCUGGCGGGCGAUUCCAUUGUUUGGAAUUCAGUCAUAUGACAAACGGUUACUUGAAAUGGAUGUAUGAUCAAUAUUCAUUUCAAGUCAUUCCGCCUAUGGGGCAAAUUCUAGCUGGUCAAUGGCAACCGUACCAAUAUUUGGUCGAAAGUAUUCGAAGGUUUCCUGAUCAACAACACUUUGCGAGGCUCAUUGAAGACGCAGGAUUUGAAUGUGUUGAAUACGAGAAUCUUACUGGUGGAAUAUGUGCCAUUCAUUCUGGAUUUAAAUUGAAGUAGUAAAACAGUGUGCGGUAAAACGUA